UUUUCUCUCCUUUCUCUUCCUUCCCACAGUCAGUUCUGAAUGUGAUCAGUGAGCUGCAGGAACAGAUGUGUAGGCUGCAGAUGGACAUCCACAGGCAGAUUCAAGAGCGCCUGUUACUCACUAGGGACCACCCUGAGGAGGUGGUGGCCGAUGACCAUGAAGCCAAGCCACAGCCCUGCAGCCAGGACUGUGCCCCUUGGGAGGGGUCACCUGAGUUACUGCAAGAGCUUAAGCACCUCAAAAUCAAAGUGGAGGAGCUGGAGAAUGAACGGAACCAGUAUGAGUGGGAGCUGAAGGCCACUAAGGCUGAGGUAGCCCAGCUGCAAGAACAGGUGGCCCUAAAAGAUGCAGAAAUUGAGCGUCUUCACAGCCAACUCUCCCGGAGUGCAGCUCUUCACAGUGACCAUGCAGAGCGAGACCAAGAACUCCACCGUCUGAAGAUGGGGAUGGAAACACUGCUGGUUGCCAAUGAGGAUAAGGACCGUCGGAUAGAGGAGCUUACAGGGCUAUUGAACCAGUGCCUAAGGGUGAAGGAGAUUGUGAUGGCCACUCAGGGGCCUUCGGAGAGAACCCUCUCAAUCAAUGAAGAUGAAAUGGAGGGAAGCUUUAGAAAAUGGAACACCACAAAUAAAAACCCUGAGGAAGUAUUAAAACAAGAGGUAUCACCGCGAUGCAGCUCUCCCUCCCCAGGGCCACCUCCUUUGCCACAGAAAUCACUGGAGACCAGGGCUCAGAAGAAACUCUCCUGUAGUCUGGAAGACUUGAGACGUGAAUCUGGGGAUAAGUGUGUCGAUGGGAACCAGCUGUCCCUGGUGGGAGAGCCCAAGGACAGCUCUUUCCCGGUGGAGCAGAAGUACCCUACAUUACCUGGGAAGCUCUCAGCAGCCACACCCAAUGGAGAAGCUGCCAAGUCUCCUCCCACUGCCUCCUCCCAGCCUGACUCUUCAGGGAGCAGCCUGCUGAGGCUGAAUCGCGGCUGGAGUGUCAGUGCUCCCGUAUUAGGAGACACAGAAAGUGGUUGGGAAGAUAUAGUCAUGGCCAAUGAACUGUCAUCUACUUCAUCUGGUACUGAGUCAAGCCCCCAGUCUCCCCUGACACCAGAUGGCAAACGGAGCCCCAAAGGCAUCAAGAAGUUCUGGGGAAAAAUCCGAAGAACUCAGUCAGGAAAUUUCAACACUGAUGCACCCGGGAUGGCAGAGUUUCGACGAGGUGGGCUCCGGGCGACUGCAGGGCCAAGACUUUCUAGGACCAGGGACACCAAGGGACAGAAAUGUGAUGCCAAUGCCCCUUUUGCCCAGUGGAACACAGAACGUGUAUGUGCGUGGCUAGAGGAUUUCGGUCUAGCUCAGUAUGUGAUUUUUGCCAGACAGUGGGUGACAUCUGGCCAUACACUACUUACAGCUACCCCUCAGGACAUGGAAAAGGAGCUAGGGAUUAAACACCCCCUCCAUAGGAAGAAGCUGGUUUUAGCAGUGAAAGCUAUCAAUGCCAAGCAAGAGGAGAAGUCUGCAUUGCUAGACCACAUUUGGGUGACACGGUGGCUUGAUGAUAUUGGCUUACCCCAAUACAAAGACCAAUUUCAUGAAUCGAGAGUUGAUGGGCGAAUGCUGCAAUACCUAACUGUGAAUGAUCUACUCUUCUUAAAAGUCACCAGCCAAUUACAUCAUCUCAGCAUCAAAUGUGCUAUUCAUGUGCUACAUGUCAAUAAGUUCAACCCCCACUGUCUGCACAGGAGGCCUGCUGAUGAGAGCAACCUUUCUGCUUCAGAAGUUGUGCAGUGGUCCAACCACAGGGUAAUGGAGUGGCUGCGAUCUGUGGACCUGGCAGAGUAUGCACCCAACCUUCGAGGGAGUGGCGUCCAUGGCGGCCUCAUUAUCCUAGAGCCACGCUUCACUGGAGACACCCUGGCUAUGCUUCUUAAUAUCCCCCCACAGAAGACGCUCCUCAGGCGCCAUCUGACCACCAAGUUCAAUGCCCUGAUUGGUCCUGAGGCCGAACAGGAAAAGCGAGAUAAAAUGGCCUCACCAGCUUACACACCUCUGACCACCACAGCCAAAGUCCGGCCCAGGAAACUCGGAUUUUCACAUUUUGGAAACAUGAGAAAAAAGAAGUUUGACGAGUCUACGGAUUACAUUUGCCCCAUGGAGCCUGGCGACGUGACUAAUGACAGCCACAGGGUCUACGGUGUCUACAGGGGCCUCAGUCCCCUUGAUAACCAUGAACUAGAUGGGCUGGACCAGGUGGGACAGAUAAGCUGAUGCCUGCCGACUGCCUUCUUUGUGCACGGAGAGCUUGCAGUAACACCGUGUGUCGCCAUAUAACUGCACUUCACCUCCAUCCUUGUGCAUUUGUAUACCUUUGGGUUGGUCUGUCUACACCCCUUCAGGAUGGCCGGGAUAUGCAGUUACACAGCUACAGAAGGGACAGACUUUGGGGACUAUAGCCAAAUGUGGACUGAGGGGAAAUCACCUGAAGAUAUUUGUACAUGUUGAGUAAUUCUUAAUAUCCAUAUUUCAGCUGGAAACAUGUGAGCAGAGGGAGGCCCAGAGAUGCUGGGCAACCCCAAGAGGCUCAGCUCUCCACACUGCCCCUAUGCUCCAGCUGAGGGAAGAAUCCAAGUGCCUUAGGCCUGUGGGCCAUAGAGUCUUAGCUGAGAUCAAAGCAACAACAGAGGGUAUUGUAGGCCAUGAUGAUAACAUAAUUUGAUUGUACCUUACUAUGGGUGGCCAUUUCUUUCUGGUAAUAAAAACAGUAUUUAUGUAGAAAGCA